AAUCAGCGAGCUCCAGGUUUAAAGAUGGCGUCUUCCGUCGGCUGCAGGACUCUGUCAGUAUUGUUUUUACUUGUAUUAUUCAUAACCGUUCAUUGCACAGAUACUAAACCCAAAAAGAAGAAGGAUAUACGGGAUUAUAAUGAUGCAGAUAUGGCCAGACUGCUGGAGGAGUGGGAGGUAAGAGCGAAUUUACCUUAACAGCUGCAGUCAUUCGGUCAUGUGCCUCAAAUGUACCACGAAAUUAUAACGUUAUAAUUAAGGAGAAUGUCCGAAUGUAAAGAUGACGACAUUGAGGAGGGAGACUUGCCCGAGCACAAAAGGUCUCCUCCACCAAUCGACUUCUCGAAAAUUGAUGCCUCCAAACCAGAAGAGCUCUUAAAGAUGUCCAAGAAAGGCAAGACCCUGAUGGUGUUUGCAUCAGUGUCAGGGAACCCCACAGAGAAGGAGACUGAGGAGAUCACGGGUCUGUGGCAGGGAAGCCUCUUCAAUGCCAACUAUGAUGUUCAAAGGUUUGUGGUGGGCUCUAACCGUGUAAUCUUCAUGCUGCGUGACGGCAGCUACGCCUGGGAGAUUAAGGACUUUCUGGUGUCCCAGGACCGCUGUGAGGACGUGACCGUGGAAGGACAGGUGUUCCCUGGCAAAAAUGCCAAGAAAGAUGCCAAGGGGAAAGAGCAAAACGAGACCAAGAAGAAGGGUGACAAGAAAGCUGCCAACCGAGCGAACAAAGGCAAGCAGGAGCUUUGAUACACUCAUUCACACACAUUCAUUACACUACGGACAGUUUAGGUUAUCCAAUUUACCUGUACCAAAUGUCUUUGGACUGUGGGGGAAACUGGAGCACCCAAAGGAAACCCAUGUUAACACAGGGAGAACAUGCAAAAUCUACACUGAAAUGCCAACUGAUCCAGCCGAGGCUUGAACCAGCGACCUUCUUGUAAUAAAGAAAGAAACUCAUAAAGGUUUGAGACAAGGGCGAGUAAAUGAUGACAAAAUUUUCAGUUUUGGGUGAACUAUCCCUUUCAUUGGCCACAAGGUGUCUGUUGUGCUAAAAAUAUAUACAUUAUUUAUUACUUUGACUGAAUUAGCAGGCCAUUUUAUUACAUGUUCAAUUGUAUAACAUUAAAAAAUAAUGUAAGUGCCUUUUUAUUUAUUAAUAAAUGAUACGUUUCCUUUUUAA